AUGCUGGCAACUGAUAUUUAUACAUUCAAUGUUGAUAGGUGGAGACGAUUUACUCAAACUAGUAAAAGCUCUGUUAAUAAUGCUAAUGGGUUGUACUUAAAGCACUGCAAUGAAAACCACUACGAAGUUGUGAAGUGUGUAAAGAUACUUGGUGAAUCAAGCAAUUGUACACAUAGUAACUGUGAUACAGAAAAUGUUGGUAUUGAAACUGAUGAAAAUGUACCUGUUGUACGCAAAUCAAACAAGGCAAGAAAUCGUAAAUCUCUUUCGAGACGUCAGAAAUUGAAAGUCAGACGGGAUAGAUAUCAUGAAAGGAAAAAUCUAAACGUUAGUCAAAGUGUAUCACCCAAAUCAAAUGAUAAGAAGCCAAGUUAUGUUAGCCAGCAAGAACUAUAUCUUGUAGAUUCAGAAUUUAGAGAAAGAAAGAAAAGGCAGAGUUAUGACAAAUACCAUGAAAAUGCUAAGUUCAGAGAAAAAAGAAAGCAUGUUGUGCUGCGCAGUCUGCUGAAAAGUAUCAGCAAGAUGCUGAAUUCAGAGAAACAAAGAAAUCAAAGUUUACAGAAAAGUAUCAGCAAGAUGCUGAAUUCAGAGAAACAAAGAAAUCAAAGUUUACAGAAAAGUAUCAGCAUAAUGCUGAAUUCAGAGAAACAAAGAAAUCAAAGUUUACAGAAAAGUAUCAGCAAGAUGUUGAAUUUAGAGAAACAAAGAAAUCAAAGUUUACAGACAAGUAUCAGCAAGAUGUUGAAUUCAGAGAAAAAAAGAAAGCACGUUGUGCAGCUCAGUCUGCUGAAAAGUAUCAGCAAGAUGCUGAAUUCAGAGAAACAAAAAAAUCAAAGUUUACAGACAAGUAUCAACAAGAUGUUGAAUUCAGAGAAACAAAGAAAUCAAAGUUCACAGAAAGGUAUCAGCAAGAUGUUGAAUUCAGGGAAACAAAGAAAUCAAAGUUUACAGAAAAGUAUCAGCAAGAUGUUGAAUUCAGAGAGACUAAAAAGAGGCUGA